AUGAUCACAGACUCAAACCAGCAGCUUGCCAGGUGGGUCGAGCACUAUUCAGAACUGUACUCUGAGCCCCGGCCCAUCAAAAAGGAAGCCAUAGAAGGCACUCCUAGCUUUCCAGAAGCACAGCAGCUGGAUGCCAUGCCGACUAUGAACGAAUUGAUAGCUGUCCUGAAAAGUACCCCAAGUGGGAAAGCGCCCGGACAGGACGCCAUUCCUGCUGAUCUGCUCAAGUGUGACGAAGACCUCUUUCCCUAUCUCUACGAAAUCCUCCGCAAGUCCUGGUCAGAAGGUGCUUUUCCAAGAGACCUGCGCGAUUGCAACAACUAUAGAGGCAUCUCACUCCUAAGUGUGACCGGAAAAGUGUUUGCGAGAGUCCUACUACCACGCCUUCAAGCUCUUGCGAAUAGGGUGUAUCCCGAGUCGCAGUGUGGUUUCCGAUCAAACCUGUCCACAGUGGACAUGAUCUUCUCUCUCAGACAGAUUCAAGAAAAGUGUAAAGAACAACAUCGUCCCCUGCACAUGGCUUUUGUUGAUCUAACAAAGGCCUUCGAUAUGGUCAGUCGAGAGGGCUUAUAUGCCGUGCUUCAAAAAAUCGGGUGCCCUCCAACACUACUCAGCCUCAUCCGUUCCCUUCAUGACGGAAUGCAAGCUGCCGUCAUGUUUGAAGGCUCUCUGUCCCAGAAGGCAAAGACUAAAACACGUAGCUUCCUGGUACGCGAGCUCCUUUUCGCCGAUGACGCAGCUUUUGUGUCACGUAGCGAAGCCGGCCUGCAGACAUUGAUGGAUCGCUUCGCAAAAGCUUGCGACGACUUUGCGCUCACCAUCAGUAAGAAAAAAACUGUGGUUAUGCACCAAGCAAGAGACCCUGUAAGCACUAUCCUCGUCGACGGCGAGCAACUAGAAAACGUUGAUACUUUUUGCUAUCUUGGCUCUGUCAUCACCAAAGACUCCUUGCUUGAGAAGGAACUUUCGUCUCGCAUAGGUAAGGCUGCUACAGCCUUCAGCCGCCUGACCACCCGAGCCUGGAGAAACUGCAGCCUCACCGAGAAAACGAAAGGUGCCAUUUAUAAGGCUUGUAUUGCCCUGCUUUACGGCUCGGAGACGUGGCCAACCUACGCGCGGCAAGAACGCAAACUCCAUGCGUUUCACAUGCGGUGUCUUAGGAGCAUCCUUGGAAUAACCUGGCAGGAUAAGGUCACUAACGCCGCUGUUCUGGCUCGAACUGGGUGCGAACCCCUCAUCCAGAUCUUCCUGACCCGACGGUUGAGGUGGCUGGGCCACGUACGCCGACUACCCGAUGGACGCCUUCCCAAGGACAUCCUAUAUGGCGAGCUGGGCAGCGGCGCUAGAACCUUGGGAAGGCCCCUCCCCCGUUUCAAGGACGUCACAAAAAGAGACUUGAUAAGCUUAAACAUCACUCCUCUCAACUGGGAAGAUCUGGCGGAGGACCGCUCCGCAUGA